UCAGACACAGACGUUGUCUGUUAUUUAUCUAUACAUUUUCUGAAACAUUUAAUUGAAACGCUUGGCAUCUUCUUAUAUUUUAUUAUUUGACGAAUUAUUGGACAUCAGUAUUUUCGGAUUGUUGUUUUCGGAUAUAUGCUGAGAUUCGAACGGUAGAAUCAGCCUCAGGUAGGAAAUGCCACGUUCAAUCACCAAGGUCGUUACACCAAAGAUGACCCGAGAAGGUGGAGGGUUCAUGGUUAGACGUGUGCUUGGUGGAACGGCUUCAUCAUGUGACCCAUUUUUGAUGCUCGAUCACUUCGGGCCCGUAGAUCAUGGUCCAGGAGAAGCUAUAGGGGCACCAGAUCAUCCACAUCGAGGAUUUGAAACUGUAACUUACAUCAUUGAUGGUGAGUCACAACACAAGGACUCACAGGGUAACACGGGGGUUCUGGGUCCCGGCUGGGUUCAGUGGAUGACCGCCGGAAGUGGCGUAGUACACUCUGAGAUGCCGACAGAGAAGAUGCAGAAAUAUGGCGGGCGCAUGGAAGGUUUUCAGUUGUGGGUGAAUCUUCCCGCUGAGGAUAAAAUGAUUCCACCCAGAUACCAGGAUACUCCGCCUGAUAAAAUCCCUGUGGUUGAGUCACGUGACAAAAAAGUUCGAGUCAAAGUGAUAGCUGGAGAAUCAAUGGGUACAAAAGCUUACAUCGACACGAGGACGCCAAUUAUGUAUCUGGACAUCAGUUUAGAACCAUUUGCAAGUUUCAGUCAGACUGUACCCGACAGUUUUGAUGGGUUCGUCUAUGUCUGGAGAGGAUCUGGAAAAAUAGGAGGACGUGAAAUUGGACUUUAUCAACUUGGGUUUCUUGGUGCGGGUUCAAAUCUUGAUAUAACAGCAGACAAAGAUGGUUGUCGUUUGAGUCUGAUAGCGGGACAACCAUUGAAAGAGCCUGUAGUAUGGCAUGGACCUUUUGUGAUGAACACAAGAGAACAAAUAGAACAGGCUAUAUCAGAUUAUCACAGUGGUAAACUCGGUAAAAUUGAUGGAAUGGAGGAGAGAAUGAAACAAACAGAACAAGCCAAACAAAAACAAAAGCAAUCAGGAACAUGGGAUAAAAGAUAACCAUGUUUAAAAUUGACAAGAGAUGAGCAUAAACAUGUGUACUGAAUUUUAGUAUGCCUAAAGUUGAGAUUUUUUAUUGUCUUUCAAAGUUUGUGUGUGUUGUCUUUCAUAAUGUGAUAUUAUAAUGUAAUACCUUAACGUAUUUUAAUCGUGUGAUUGAAUCAUAUUCACUUCAUCAAAUUAUUCUAUUUUUCUAACAAGUUUUGUUGCCUGUCAUAUUUAAUACAAGGUGCCAUGUCUAGCUAUUGAAUUUUCUUUCUCUUUUUUCUAAUGUGUGCUAUUAUUUCUUCUGCCCCCUAUUUCAAACAAAUACUUAUGUCCUUUAUAUUUAUUAUUUAAAUUGCCGUAUAAUCCUUAUAAGUUAUGAUGGCUUAUCAGUUGUCUUUUGCGUUAUUU